AUGCCUGUCAAUAUUGUAGCUUUGGGAGAUCCCACCAAUCUAGCUAAAGCUUUGCCAAACUGCAGUCAACUGCCUGAUGAGCAUGGAUUUGAGCAGCAAGUACAGAUUGGAUAUUUUGCAAAGCUAACAUGUUUGACUAUUUUUGUAUUUCUGCCAAAGCUAGCACUCCGGCUUAUAGCUCUGAUGAAUGGAGCCCUAUGGAGACCUCCCAGUCAGCUGAACAGUGCAGCUCCUGAUGAACCUGUUGCUCCCCACCAACCUGUUGCUCCCCACCAACCUAUGGCUCACCACCAACCGGACACACUAUUCCUGCAUGGCGAGAUUCUACCACACACCAGUGCAUUUGGUGUCUUGGUCUCAGACGCCUACCAACACUUCCUAGCCUGCCACCCAGCAAUGAAUCAUUUGGCCAAGAUGACUUUAUAUGCCUUAGUUACCAAUCCAAGCAUGGAGGACAUCAAUGAACGCAUCGAAGAGAUCAAGAGUUACCUUCACUCACACUUCCCCGCUAUACAAGUAGUGACGCUAGAAGACUCUUAUGGUGAAACUCCUAUGCCUGAAACCUUCCCUGGAUAUAACCAGGGCCCUUUCCUGAGUCUCUCUUCAGCUGAAAGGCAGACAUGGCGACUGCAGUUUUCCCUUCACAGCGAUGUUUAUGACUUGUAUACUGGGGCAAGUACUCCUCGGGCUAAACAGACUCUAGCCUUUUUUCUUCAUCUGGUGAUCAUACAUGAGUUGACUCAUGUUGUCAUGCUCGUGUUCUCAUCUGAACUCACACCUACAAAGUUCUAUGGGAGUAGGCCUUUGGACUCACUCAAUGGCCUUGGGCUUAACGCCAGGGGCCAGCAAGUUGAGCGUAGAGAGUCAGGUGCAAGCAUGGAGCAGGUAAUCACUGGAGGAGAAGUGGUCUUAUUGAUGCCACAUGGUCAGCACAUGGCUGACUGUGAUCCCAACUCUGUGGAUGUUGGUAUUGUGGGUUCUACUUCCUUUCAGAUGCUAGCAAAUUCUCCAUUCUUGUCCGACAUAGCCUCUGGGCAGUGGGACUUGAUCUUGCAACUGCCCACACAAUCCAUUCCAGAUCAUAUGUCAGUUUCAUGCCAGAAGAUCAGUGGCAGUCAGAUAUGCAGGAACCGCACCCCAUCAUCUCCAAGUCUUUCUACACCUGCCACAACACCUGCAAACCAUCCUGGGAUGCUGCUCAUCAAUCCAGAUAUGUUUCCACCUUCUGAAGAAUGGCAAGGAUGGUGGUUGCUGCAUGGGGGGCAACAGGAAGGCGAGACCUUGUUGCCUGGGUCUCUCAGUUACGCGGUUCCACCUCAGCAAAGUGUUAACUCUACCACCCAUAACUUCGUUUAG